AGACCGCGAAGCGACGCCGCACCGACGUAAGGAGGCAUAUACCGGGAUGUUCGAUUUCGCACAUCUGAAAGCAUCGCAGCGCGCAUCAGUGUAGUGUAGCCGGGGUAAGGCGCAGUUUCAGGCGAGGCACGAGCGACAUUGGCGAUGUAGAAGAAGAAUCUUCCAGGCCUCCGACAUGGCGCCCGUCCGCUUUGCGCUCUGCCUCGCCGUGCUCCUUGUUGGACACGUGUGGACGCUAGCGGCGACGCAGAGAGCACCAAGCGUGGAUUCAGUCAGAGGGCACAGCAGAUGCGGUCUGAAUGCAGACACCAAGGUGGUCGACGGCAGCACGCUGUCCACCAACAAGUACCCGUGGGUGGUGCGCAUCUCCACCUACUACACGCCCAUCGAAGGGUUCGACCAGAACGGCACCGACUCCUGCUCCAUCCUCAAGACUGAGAUGAGCAAGAUGAGCACCGCCCGCAGGGUCGGCAAGAACACGCAGACCAUCGUGUCCUUGUGCGGUGGAACGAUGAUCACCCGCAGACACGUGCUCACCGCCGGACACUGCCUGCUUCCCGAAGAGUUCAAGCCUCGCUACGUGGUCCGGUACGGCUCGACGCGCACCUCCCGCCAAGCAACCGCAUUCGUGAGCAAGGUGUUCAAGCACCCGAACUGCCACCUCGUGAACCAGGACCGCGCCGUCGACGACGUUGCCAUUCUCGUACUGCGGACUGCCCUGCCUCUGUCCCCGGUGUGCCUGCCCCGGGCGGGUGCACCACUGCCCUCGCAUGUCACCGUCGCUGGCUGGGGCAACACCAUACCGAGCAUCGACUCGCUGCAGCUGCCUGAGCUCCUCAAGGAGGCCCAGAUGGAGGUCAUCGACAAGGAAAAGUGCCAGGAGGAGCACUCGUACGCAAACCUGACGCACCAGAUAUGCGCCCAGGCGUCGUCCGGCUUUCCGGGAGUGGGCGACUCCGGCGGCCCUCUGAUGAGCAAGGGCUCGUCGGGAGAGUGGACCCUUGUGGGUGUCGUCUCGUGGGGCAACGAGACCCGGUUCAGGUCGUCACCGUUCGUCUUCUCGGAUGUCUCGGCACUGCUCACGUGGAUACACGACAUCGUCGCCAUGCCCGUCUGGUAGCCAGCAGAGUGAAUUGUCUGCAAGCAGGCUGGGGAGAUGGCCUAAUAAAACGAGUAACCGGUGUCGUUUCAGUUCA